AUGAAUACCAAAACGUGUCACCUAUGGCUGUGGGCUUCGGAUAUCCUGGACUUCAGGGAUCCGGAUCAGUACGUUCCAAGGGUUAGCAUUGUGGGAACAGUAGUUCGAGUCAUCCGGCCUUACAAUCUGGAGGAGGGCAACAAACCUGUGGGGUAUUAUAUCGAUGAUGGAACUGGGACCGUUAAAGUUGUGCACUUCCUUCAAAAACGUUUACAACGAAUGCAAGAUGAUCUUCUGUUGGCCAAGAUGGCGAAAGUGAAAAGUGAUGGCGGACCAACGGCCGUGUUAAAGCACAUUGAAAGCCUCCACAACCGAACGAAAGAGCCCUUGGAGGUCGGGAUGUGUGUGGAGGUCAAGGGGCGGGUUCAGUUUUUCCGUGGAAACACAGAAAUUGUCGCUUAUGAAGUGCGCGAAAUCAGCGAUCCCAAUCUCGAAUUGGCGCGCUUUUUUGAAAUGGAAAAGUUGCGCCCGCGUUAUAGAGAGGAAUUCAAGUUUCUCAAGUAA